CCCUGGGAGCGGCGCGCCAUGUGAGCGGAGCGCCCCCGGCCGAUCAUGGCGCGCUGGCGGCGCCGCCUCCUGCUGCUGCUGGCUCUGGUGGCCGCCGGCCUGCCCUCCACCCGGCCCAACAUCUUCGGCGGCGUGCCCGUGUUCGACGAGAAUGUGAUCAAUGAGGAGAGCGUCGAAGGCGAGGGCCGCAUCGAAGAGGCGCUCGAGUACGACUAUGACGAGUACGACGACAUGCCCGUCAACAGCAGCGAGAGCGGCGAGCAGACGCUGCGCCUUCUGAAGCCGCUGCGCAACCUGACGCUCACCUCGGGAGAGACGCUGAAGCUGCGCUGCGAGUUCGCCGGCGACCCGCCGCCCACGCGCUUCCGCUGGUACCGAAACCACGCGCAGCUGGAGCGCGGCGAGGCGCAGAUGCGCAAGGCGCACCCGACGCGGCACGGCUGGCGCAUGCGGCUGCGCAUCGAGCGGGUGAACACCCACGACACGGGCUACUACCGGUGCCUGGCGUCCAACGGCCGGCACCGCGCCGAGAGCACAGCCAUCGUCAUCGUCAACCCGGCCGACGGCGGCGACGCGGCCGCCAGGCCCAGAGGGUCCAAAACAUCUAUGGACGUGCCGGCGUUUCCGCCCGUCAAGCCCAUCUUCGACUUCCCUGCGCUGGGGUCGCCUAUCGAGCCCGCGUCGGGGGACGCUGGUCUGGAGGGUCUGCACAGUCUGCUGACCGGGCCGGACGACGGGCCGGGCCAGUUCGUGCCGAACCUCGCCUCGACGCACUCGCUCCAGCCGCCGGACAGCCCGCGCCUCCUGGCGGGCACCUGUCAGCCCUACCAGGGGCUGGCGUGCGCGCGCCACCUGCGCAACCGCACCGUGUUCGUGGCCGAGACGGACAGCCAGCGGCGCAUGGAGGAGCGCAUGAUGGCGGCGCUGAGUGUCAUCGAUCAAUCGGCCGACCUCUCCCAGUCGUGCGGCGACCACGCCGUCCAGUCGGUGUGCGUGGCCGCCUUCCCGCCAUGCGACGCGCGCGCGCAGCCGGCGCGCGCCCAGCAGAUCUGCCGCGACGAGUGUGAGGCGCUCAAGGACCAGCGCUGCAAGCUCGAGUACGCCAUCGCGCUCAAGCACCCGCUGAUCGGGCUCAAGAUCCACCUGCCCGUGUGCGAGUCGCUGCCGGUGGUGGGCACGGCGGCGGCGGCCGACUGCGUGCGGCUCGGCCUGCCUCGGCUGGCGCCUGUGCGUGCCGAGCACACCUGCUUCACGGCCGACGGCGUCGAGUACGCCGGCACGGCGCAGAUGGCCGCCUCGGGCCGGCCCUGCCAGCCGUGGAGCCGGCAGCGGCAGUACGGCCGGCUGGCCGAGCGGCAGCCGGCGCUGCUCGGCGGCCACGCCUACUGCCGCAACUGGGACGGGCUCGACGCCGAGCCGUGGUGCUACACGAGCGGCCCGGACGGCGGUCGCGAGCGCUGCGGCCUGCCGCGCUGCACCGACCCUCUCCUCUGGUACAUCGUCGUGCCCAGUGUGGGCUUCCUAGCCCUGUGCAUCCUGGCGAUCAUCGGCUGCUGCGUCUGUCGGCGCAUGCGCAGCAAGGCCGCCUCGCCCACCUACGGCUUGAAGGCGACCGGCGCCGCGCCCGUGGAGAUGAGCGCCCUGCUGCCCAAGCAGCGCGCGCGCGAGUUCCCCAUCCACAAGGUCCGCUUCCUGCAAGAGCUGGGAGAGGGUGCUUUUGGUAAGGUGUACCGCGGUGAGCUGGUCGGCUUCCACGGCGAUGGCGGUGUCCUGCCCGUGGCCAUCAAGACGCUGAAGGAGGGCGCCGGCCAGAAGACGCAGCAGGACUUCGCGCGCGAGGCCGAGCUGAUGACCGACCUGCAGCACCCCAACAUCGUCUGCCUGCUGGGCGUGGUGCUGCGGGACGCGCCCCGCUGCAUGAUCUUCGAGCACAUGAGCCAGGGCGACCUGCACGAGUUUCUGACGCUGCACUCGCCGCGCUCGGACGUCUCCGGCUGCAGCGAUGACGGCGCCGUCAUCACGCUCGAGCAGCAGGACAUGCUGCUGAUCGCCGCCCAGGUGGCCGCAGGGAUGGAGUUUUUAGCUAGUCAUCAUUACGUGCAUAGAGAUUUAGCGGCCAGAAACUGCUUGGUCGGGGACAGCUUGACAGUGAAGAUAUCAGACUUUGGCCUGUCGCGCGACAUCUACUCUUCAGACUACUACAGAGUGCAGAGCAAGUCUCUGCUGCCGGUGCGGUGGAUGCCGACCGAGAGCAUCCUGUACGGCAAGUUUACCACCGAGUCUGACGUCUGGAGCUUCGGCGUACUCCUCUGGGAGAUCUUCAGCUAUGGCCUGCAGCCGUACUACGGGUACAACAACGCCGAGGUGAUGGACAUGGUGCGGUGCCGUCAGCUGCUGCCCUGCCCCGAGGACUGUCCGUCCAUCAUGUACGCGCUCAUGAUCGAGUGCUGGCACGAGAUGGCGUCGCGGCGGCCGACGUUCCGCGAGAUCCACGCCCGGCUGCGCACGUGGCAGGGCAUGCCGGAUGUGACGGCCACGCACCUGCCGUCCCACCACAGCCAGUACUCGGCCGGCGGCAGCCAGCACAGCAGCACCGGGCCCAGCAACAACACGGGCAGCACCUCACUGAGCCGCGCCGGCCAGGGCGCGCCGCCGCCGCCGCCGGCGCCGGCCGGCCACCGCCAGGGGCCGCCCGUGUUCGCCGGCCGCCCCGGCACCCCCGGCUCGGCCGCCACUGUCAAACGGGCCGACAACUGGCCCGUCAUCCCCGACUCCAAGAUAUCGAACGUGUGAGACGCCGCGGCGUGGUCGGGACGCCCGCCGCCUCGGGACUCGAGACGGAGGCGGCGCGCCGGCAGGACCGCCGUAGGCACGGACCGAGGCCCGGCGGGGCCGGCGGUCCGGACGC